AUGAGCGGCCCGAGAAUGGAGCGGGCAGGGCGGCGAGCUAAGGCGGGCUCGUUGAGCGGCCUCGCCGGUGGCUUGGGGCCCGUGGCUGGUGGCAACGUUCGCCGCCAACGCUCGCUGGAGUGGACUGGCGACCGCUACAGCAGCAGUGACGACGAGCCAGCCCAGCCGAAAAUAGCAGACCGCGUGUUCGCCUCCCUACUAGCGCAGGCCACGCAGCAGUUCGACAGUGAG